CCUUUUUAUGUUAGAUGAGAAGGAGAAGGAGCUAGGAAGGCUCGUCCCGUGCAAUUAGAGAAGAGAGAGAGAGAGAAAGUGAGAGAGUGAGAGAGCGAGAGAGAGAGAGAGAGAGAUAUAUGAGACGGGAAGAGAAGAGAGAGAGGGAGAGAAAAGAUCUACCGUCGUGCCUCACAUAAAAGGGGAGAGCUCUCCUACCAAAGACUGCUCAAAGUUGGAGAGAGAGAAGGGUAUAAGAAUAAGAAGAACAGCGAAUCAACAUAGAGAAGAGGGAAUGGGGCAUCACUCCUGUUGCAACCAACAGAAGGUGAGGAGAGGGCUAUGGUCUCCUGAGGAAGACGAGAAGCUCAUCAGAUAUAUCACAGCCCAUGGCUAUUGCUGCUGGAGUGAGGUCCCCAUGAAAGCAGGGCUUCAAAGGUGUGGCAAGAGUUGCCGCUUAAGAUGGAUCAAUUACUUGAGACCCGGCAUAAGGCGAGGAAGGAUAACGCCGGAGGAGGAGAAGUUAAUCAUCAGCCUCCACGGGAUUGUUGGGAACAGGUUCUCAUCUGCCCACGUUCCGAAAUCAUCAUCCGCAUUAAGCUUCUUGAAUGCUUGCACUGCCAUCACUUUUAUCACGAAUAUGAUUACAUUUUCUGGUCUCACUUCGUCUUCUCGCUGGCAAAUCUACCGCAGAUGGGCUCACAUAGCAAGCCAUUUGCCUGGUCGAACAGACAACGAGAUCAAGAACUACUGGAACUCUUGGAUCAAGAAGAAGAUCCGCAAGCCUACGACACCCCGGCCUACCGCGUCCCCGAGAGUUGAGCUGGUCCACCCAUCUCUCAACUCCAUGAAUCAACUCGAUUCUACUGAUCUCCAUCGAGAUUUAACGUCCAAGUCAUCGCCGGAUCCCAUAUUUCCUUCUCCUUGGCCUCUUUUCAUGUUUGACGAUGGAGGCGUCAGUGGCAGACACUCAGCCAGCAGCUGCACGAGGGAGGAACCUCUUCAGGAAGCGACAUGUUCCGACAUGUACAACGUCCCUAACCACAAGCAAGACGAAGCAGAUAUGCCUUCCCUCUUCGACUUGGUGAACUGCAGCAUGACCUACAACAAUUUGCCGCCUUUGGUUGACGACAUGGAGAACACUGUCACUGAGGAGGAGGCACAGCCGUGUUGUCUGGGAGACAAUGGGGAGGUAAGCGGGGAAUGCUUUGAGAAGAAAGGGCUGGGUGAGUGGCUGGUGCCACAGCAAUACUCUUGCUUGCUUUCUUGGGACGAUGUCCAGAGUCCCAUUGGAGAUGAAGCUAUCAUCACAACUUCCUCUAGUAUGGCCACCAUGGAUACAACGUUCCCUUUCCCAUGGCAAUAAACACACGUCACACACACGAGGGAACAUUUUGUGGUUUGGAAUUGGAUGAUCCUUUGAUUUGUUUUGUUUGCUUGACAUUGUGGAUAACAGUAAUAACGAGCGAUGAUCACGCAAUAUGGAGAACAUUUGGAAGGAAGGAAUGGAAGAAAUGAAACGGGGUGGUGACCUCAAUUCUCGGGUGUUGUGGUUGUGAGAU